AUGCCUGAGGGAGCCCACGGACUGUCCAAGCCCAGCCCCAACCUUGGGUGUGGCCGAAGAGGUGACGUGUGUGACUGUCCAUCUGUGUGUGAGACGGGGUCAGCCCCCGCCAUGGCCUCCCCCCGAGGUUCUGGGAGCGCCACAUCCCUGAGCACUGUGGGCUCUGAGGGGGACCCGGCCCCAGGGCCCACCCCAGCCUGCUCAGCGUCCAGGCCAGAGCCCCUUCCAGGGCCCCCCAUCCGCCUGCAUCUGUCACCUGUGGGGACCUCAGGUUCAGCAAAACCCUCGCGGCUAGAGCGUGUGGCCCGAGAGAUCGUGGAGACCGAGCGGGCCUACGUCCGAGACCUCCGCAGCAUCGUGGAGGACUACCUGGGCCCUCUGCUGGACGGCGGGGCCCUGGGCCUGAGUGUGGAGCAGGUGGGCACGCUGUUUGCCAACAUCGAGGACAUCUACGAGUUCAGCAGCGAGCUCCUGGAGGACCUGGAAGGCCGCAGCGGUGCAGGGGGCAUUGCCGAGUGCUUCAUGCAGAGGAGCGAGGAUUUUGACAUCUACACGCUGUACUGCAUGAACUAUCCGAGCUCCCUGGCCCUGCUUCGGGAGCUGGCCCUGUCUCCGCCAGCAGCCCUGUGGCUGCAGGAGCGCCAGGCACAGCUCUGCCACUCGCUGCCUCUGCAGAGCUUCCUCCUGAAAGGGGUAGGGGCCCAGACCCAGAUACACCUGCGAAGGCUGCCUGGAAUCAGGUCUCUGAGCCUCCCCCCCUGCCCCCACAUCCAGUGCUGCAAUCUGAGUGUGAGCGAGAGUCCUCGUGACCCUCUAGGCUUCAAGGUGUCGGACCUGACCAUUCCCAAGCACAGGUACCUGUUCCAGGCCAAGAACCAAGAGGAGAAGAGGCUGUGGGUUCACUGUCUCCAGCGUCUCUUCUUUGAGAAUCACCCCGCCUCCAUUCCUGCCAAGUGUGAUAGUCCAAAACCACCCCCCCUGGACCCUUCUGGGACCUCCAUCACUGAAGAAAUCCUGGAGCUGCUAAACCAGAGAGGCCUCCGGGAUCCAGGGACAUCCCCCCACGACAUCCCCAAGUUCCCUGGAGACUCCCAGGUGCCAGCCGACAGCGACACCCUCGAAUUCCAAGCCUUGCCCAGCCGGGACUCUUCAGAGGAGGAGGAGGAGUUGGAGGCGGAUGAACGGGAGCCUUCCCCACUCCAUGUCUUGGAGGGGCUGGAAAGUUCCAGCGCAGCUGACAUUCCCGACAUUCCCAGCCUUCCCCCAAUUCCUGACAUUCCCAGCCUUCCUGAAAUUCCUGAAAUUCCCCACCUUCCCAGUCUCUCGGACAUUUCCAGUGUCUUUGAAAUGCGCUGCCUUCCAGCCAUACCUAGCGUCCCUGACAUCCCGAGUGUUCCCAGCACUCCCACCCUUCCCUGUGGCUCCUGGCUCCAGGGUCCGCUCCAGGAGCCCGAUGAGCCCCUGGCCACCAGGCGAGAACUGUUCCCUGGAAGCAAUCCCGGGAAACUGAGACACCCCUCCUCAGGAAGCCGGGCGGGGCCUGAGGAGGAUGAAGAAGGGGUAUCCUUCUCAGAGUUCACGCCCAAGGAUGUCACUGGAGAUCAGGGAUUCCCGGGUGAGCUGGAGCUCCGCACUUGCUCAGAAAUCCGGAGCGCCUGGCAGGCCUUGGAGCAGGGGCAGCUGGCGCAGCCAGGUUUCCCAGAGCCACUGCUCAUUCUGGAGGACUCGGACCUGCCUGGAGGCAGCAGGAGGGGGAAGGCAGGAGCCCCAAGUGCAGAGAGGGCCGCUUCCCGAGUGCGCGAGCUGGCCCGGCUGUACAGCGAGCGGAUCCAGCAGAUGCAGCGGGCUGAGACACGGGCGUCCACCAACGCCCCCCGCCGCCGGCCACGGGUUCUGGCCCAGCCCCAGGCGUCUCCCUGCCUGCUCCAGGAGCAGGCCGAGCCAGGGCCCCUGCCUGCCUUUGGACACGUACGGGUAUGCGAGCUGCCCCUCCCGCUCAUCUGUGCCCAGGAAUCUGUCCCCCUGGGCCCCGCUGCCCUGCUUCAAGCUGCCACAUCUUUGUCUAAACAGGAAGGCUGCCUGGAUGGCCAGGGUCUAAGUGUUUCAAAUUUGCCUGAGCAAGAUCAUCUGGGCAGCCCGGUUACUACCCCUUUGCCUGAGCAAGAAGGCCUCCAGGAUGUCCAGGUUCCAGCCACCACACCGCUGCCCAAGCAGGAAGGCCCCCCAAACAUCCAGGUUCCAGUUGUUACAACUUUGCCUGAUCAAGAAGGCCACCUGGAAGUACAAGGUCCAGCCACCACUCCUCUGCCUGAGCCGAGAGACCACCUGGAUAGACAGGGUCCAUCUGCCAUCUUUCCUCCUGAGCAAGAACACCAUGUAGACUUCCAAGUGCCAGCCCCCUCAGCUUUGCCCAAGCAGGGGAGUUGCUGUGAUGUCAUGGUUCCACCCACCGUGCCCAAGCAAGAAGCCCACCUAGACAGCCAGAGUUCCCCCAGCACCCCAUUAACUAAGCAGCGAGGUUCCAGGGAUGUUCAGGUCCAAACCAUCAAUCCUUUGCUUAGGUAUGGGAGCGGUCAGAACCAUCAGUUCCCAGCCAAUACUCCACUGCCUUUGCCACAUCACCUCGCAGACAUUCCAGUGUCGGGCACCACACCUGUGCCUGCAGAUGGAGGCCACCUGGACUGCCAGAUCCCAGCCAGCACUCCAUGGUCUUUGCCCCAAGACCUCCCAGACAUUCAGGUUCCAGCUGCCACACCUCUGCCCCAGCCACACGCCCUCACACCUUUGCUGAAGCAGGGAGGCCUCCCAGAGAUUCAGAGCCCAACUGCUGUACCUUUGCUUCAGGAGCAAAGCCUCACAGACCUCCAGAUCCAAAACCUCACACCUCUAUUGGAACAGAGAAGCCUUACAAACAUCCACGUUCCAGCUGCCACACCUCUGCCUGAGCAAGGGGGCUCACAAAACAUUUCGGGCCUGUCACCCACCCCGGUUCAGACCACCGGGGUUUUGUCCAAGCCAGGAGGCCACUCGGUAUCUCAUGUUGCCAGGUCAGAGUCUGAGGACUUGACCCCACCCCAGAGUCCCCCACCCACAACCCGUAAGCUCCUGGGCCCCAACGCAGCUGCCCUCUCAAGAUACCUAGCAGCCUCAUACAUCAGCCAGAGCCUGGCCCGGCGGCAGGGGCCUGGGGGAGAUGUUCCCCCAGCCUCCAGGGGCCCCUGGUCCUCCUCUGCCCCCACAUCCCGGGCACCUUCACCGCCACCCCAGCCCCAGCCCCCACCACCCCCAGCCAGGCGACUGAGCUAUGCCACCACGGUCAGCAUCCACGUGGGAGGUGGGGGCCGCCUGCGGCCAGCCAAGGCCCAGGUCAGGUUGAACCACCCUGCUCUUUCGGCCCCUACCCAGAAAUCUGUGGGUCCCCGAAGGGCCCAGGGAGCUCCUGAUGCCCCUUUCCACUUGUGAGCCAGGAUGUCGGAUAUCGCGAAGGGCAAGGACUUCAACCGGGAGCCACAGACCCCCAGAACGCCACUCAGAAAUUCAGACAACGCAGGCCUAAAACUUGCUGCGGCUUUCCAACUCUGGGACCUGUGUUGGCAAAUGGUCCUUGUUAACUUACC